UGAUUCUCAAUUCCAAAUCCCAAAAAAGCCAUGGCCACCGAAUCGUCAUCCCGGCCCACGAAACCACAGGGCAAGUCAAAAUCAAAGUCAAAACCAAAAUCAAAAUCCCAAGCCAUCCUCAGCCCGGACGAAGCCAAAGCCGUCGCCCAGCAUGCAGAAGCCGCGACCAGGACGUACGGCCGCGGGGAGAAGAUCCGCACCAAAUCGAUAAAAGACAAGAAGCUGCGCGCCAACCUGCGGUCGCUGGAGCACAAGUACAACGAGGCAGCGCUGCAAGCGAAGAAUGCCGAGAUCUUGCUCGACAACACUGCUGGGCUGUUGGAACCCGAGCACGAGCUCGAGCGGACGUACAAAGUGUGGCAAGACGAGAUACGGCAGAAUGUGGGAAUCGAGACGGCGAAGAAGGGCUUCGAAUUGAAACUCGAAGGCCUGGGGCCGUACAUGUGCGAGUACACGAGAAACGGGCGGGAUCUGUUGCUGGCGGGGAGGAAAGGGCAUGUGGCGGCCAUGGACUGGCGGGAGGGGAAACUGGGUUGCGAGUUGCAGCUGGGCGAGACGGUGCGGGACAUAUCGUGGCUGCAUAACAACCAGAGUUUUGCCGUGGCCCAGAAGAAGUUUGUGUAUAUCUACGCACGGGACGGCGUGGAGAUGCACGUACUCAAGAAGCACACGGAAGCGACAUAUCUGGAAUUCUUGCCCUACCACUUUCUGCUAUCCUCGAUAUCCCUGACAGGCGUCCUGCGUUACACCGACACCUCGACGGGCCAGAUGCUGAACGAGAUACCCACCAAACUCGGACCUCCCACAGCCUUCUGCCAAAACCCACACAAUGCUAUACUGCACGUCGGCCACCAGAAAGGCAUCGUCACCCUCUGGUCCCCCAACAGCUCCACUCCCCUCGUCAAGCUCCUCCCACACCAUGGACACGUCCGCGCCCUCGCCGUCGACCGCGCAGGGAGAUACAUGGUCUCGACCGGCCAAGACCGCAAAAUGGCCGUCUGGGACAUCCGCAUGUUCAAGGAGGUCCACUCCCACCACCUCCCCCAACCGGGCUGCACCCUCUCCAUAUCCGACCGCGGUCUCACAGCCGUAGGCUGGGGCACCCAAGUCUCCAUCUACAAACCGGACCUCUUCACGCAUUCGGAUGCAAACAUCAAGAUCCCUGCUCCGUACAUGGCCUGGGGCGGCGAGGGCAACACCAUCAACCGCGUCCGCUUCUGCCCCUUCGAAGACGUCCUCGGCAUCUCGCACGACAAGGGCUUCAGCAGCAUCCUCGUCCCGGGCUCCGGCGAACCCAACCCGGAUAGCUUGGAGGCCGGCCUCAAUCCCUUCGAGACGACCAAGCAGCGCCAGGAAACCGAGGUGCGCGCCUUGCUCGAGAAGCUGCAGCCGGAAAUGAUUUCGCUCGAUCCCAAUUUCAUUGGUAACCUGGAUCUCGCGUCCGACGAGCAGAGGCGGAGGGAGAAGGACCUGGAUGCGAAGAAGGUGGAUAAGGUGGAGGAGUUGAAGAAGAGGGGUCGUGGCAGGAAUAGCGCGUUGAGGCGGUAUGUGAGGAAGAGGGGACAGAGGAAUGUGAUUGAUGAGGAGAAGCUGAGGGCGAGGGAGGCGCUGAGGGCGCUGAAUAAGAGGGAGAUGGAGAAGGUGCAGAGGUUGAAGAAGGAGUAUGGGCCUGCACUGGAAAGAUUUGCCAGGAAAGGGGCUUAGAGGACUCUUCAACCCCGAGGAAAAGUUCAUCUUUGUUGCAUAGCUUUGGAGUUAACGGGAUAUAUGAUCUAAACUUGGGAGCAAGGGAUGGGUUAGAUAUCGGAUUUAGGGAAUAUAUACCCCCCAGCUUGGCGAG